UUUGACUCUUUUUUAUCUAUCCAAUAAACGCUAGUCCAUGAUAGUAUUUCAAAGCUGAGUUUCAUUCAUUGGAAUUCAAUUUCGUUGGGAAGAGAAUGGCUGUCAAGAGCAAACUUACACUUGUCCAAAGUAUUCCUUUCAAGCGGUCCUUUUCCAUAAAAGCAAUUGUACAAGACAUUGUCUAUCGAGUGCGAACUGGGAAAAUAUUUCGUCCUGACCUUCCAGACUAUGUUCAACGUUUCUCCGAAGUGAAAAACCCUCGGUUUCAUACCCAUUUGCAAGAAAAUGCAAAACCUUUGGUACCUCAAGGUCCCUAUAAACAGGUUUUUGAUAUUCAGUACUACAGUAGAGACACCCGAAGGAAAAUUCAAAGAGAACAAGUGGAGCCAGUAAAAGUGUUUGAUCCUUCUGCAGAAAGUCUCCCACCAGUACCUGGAAGAGCAAAAGUAUACAUAGACCGAGGUUUCGUUCCCAAUCGUGGAAACCCUGAACAAGCAACAGAAUAGCCGUACUGGUUGGGUUUUAAAUAAGAAGAAAAUAUUUGAUAGAUAACUUGCUGCAAGAGUUUAUAUUUGAUAAAAGUAAACCUUCCAAUACAAGUGCGGUUAGAGUAUCCUC